CAUCGAGCUAUCUGUGUAUCCGCGAAGUCAUACCUGGUGUUUUAGCGUGGGAUUUAUUUCAGAAAAGUCAAUCGCGAAUUCGUAUCCACCGCGAUAACGUGUAUGAAACAACACCUUUACGUGGAGGCCAAACACUCAGUUGCCAAUAUAGGAGGAGUCUUGAGGAGUCAUUGACUCUAAUAGCUAAGCGAUCGAAAAACCAUGUAUUUGCGCGAAAAUGUUUGAAGUAAAAAAAUCGCGAAAUAAAGUACACGCGAAAUACAAGUGAUUUACAGUAAACUGUUUGGAACUUUUAACCAAAAACCCGAGUUUUUAAUCUUUUAUUUUUUAAGCAUGAAUAAAUACCUUAAGUGUUAUUUAAUGUUUAUUUUUUUUCUUCACGUUUUGUUGUUGUACAGAAAAAAAUGACGACUCCAGAUCAUUCACCUCCAUCAGACUGGCAAGUCGGGAAAACGCUGUCCGAAAGUUUUGACCACUUAUUGACGUCUGGUAUAGGCAGUGACGUCACAUUUAUAGUAGGUGAGGAAAAGAGCAGGGUAUCCGCCCACAAACUGGUCCUCAUUAGCAGAAGUCCGGUGUUCUUCGCCAUGCUGGAGGGUCCAAUGGCCGAGAAAGGGGAGAUAACUAUCCCAGAUAUAUCUACUGAGACGUUCCAGUUGCUUUUAAGGUACCUCUACACAGACAAAAUCGACCUGACAGACAGGACUGUUGUACCAGUGUUUAAUGCGGCCAGAAAGUACUGUGUCAACAUCCUUGUCUCUCUCUGUGAGACAUUUCUGUCGAAGACUUUAACAGCGGAUAAAGCAUGUGCAUUUCUGGAACAGGCGCACGUUGUCAUGGCAGAUAGCCUGCAAGACGUGUGCGUGCAAUUCAUAGUGGAAAACGCUACUGCAAUUCUACAGAUGUUGACCUUUACUGACCUCUGUCUGGACUGUAUAACUAGGGUCACCGAGUCGGACGAUCUCAAAAUCACUGAAAAGAGCGUGUAUGAGGCCGUCAUCAGGUGGGCUGAGGCCGAAUGUUCUCGACAGAAUAUUGAG